CGCGCGCUAUAAAUUCGCCGCACACAAGGGUCCCUUGCCACAAUGUCGACCGCUCCGGUUAGCAGCUGGUGCGCCGCCUCCUUCUCUCCCGCCCAAUCCUCUCUCAAGAGAGCCUUCGCCCUACGCCCCUCUCUCUCCACCCGCCUCUCCUCCUCUUCCGUCUCUCUUCCGACCCUCAUCCGCAACGAGCCCGUUUUCGCCGCCCCCGCCCCUGUCAUCAACCCCACUUGGAGAGAGGACAUGGGCAAGGACUAUGACGAGGCCAUUGAGGCCCUCAAGAAACUCCUAAGUGAGAAGGGGGACCUGAAAGCCACAGCAGCUGUGAAGGUGGAGCAAAUAACGGCGGAGUUGCAAACCGCUUCUUCCGACAGCAAGCCAUCCAGCACGGUCGACAGAAUCAAAACUGGCUUCACCUUCUUCAAGAAGGAGAAAUACGACAAGAACCCUGCUUUAUACGGUGAACUGGCCAAAGGACAGAGUCCAAAGUUCAUGGUGUUUGCUUGCUCGGACUCGAGAGUGUGCCCAUCUCAUGUGCUGGAUUUUCAACCAGGAGAGGCUUUUGUGGUCCGCAACGUUGCCAACAUGGUCCCUCCAUAUGAUCAGACCAAGUACUCUGGAGCUGGAGCUGCCAUCGAGUAUGCAGUUUUGCACCUCAAGGUCCAAGAGAUUGUGGUCAUCGGACACAGCGCCUGCGGCGGAAUCAAGGGUCUGAUGACUUUCCCGUACGACGGAACCACCUCCACUGACUUCAUAGAAGAAUGGGUCAAGAUCUGUCUUCCCGCCAGAGCCAAAGUGAACACGCAGCAUGGCGGGGCUCCCCUCCCUGAACUAUGCGGACACUGUGAGAAGGAGGCGGUGAAUGUAUCACUUGGGAACUUACUGACUUAUCCAUUUGUGAGAGAUGGGCUGGUGAACAAGACCCUAUCACUGAAGGGAGGCUACUAUGACUUUGUUAAUGGGGCGUUUGAGCUCUGGGGGCUUGACUUUGGUCUCUCGCCACCACUCUCUAUGAAAGAUGUCGCCACGAUACUGCAUUGGAAGCUUUAGGGAGUACUAGGAGACACGCUUAGAAGUCACUUGUUCCCCUGAAGAGAGGAGGCUCUGUUUGUGUUUUUUUCAUGAAAUGACAUGACCUGGGCUAUGUAGAUAAACCUCCUUUGCAAGAGUUGGUGGUUCAGAAUCUGAAUCAUUGUUGACGCCAAAAUGCAUUAGCUGUUUCUUUUA